AUGGCCACCGAACACGCGCGCUUCGACCCCAUCAUACGGAAUAUCGUCCACUAUGUCUACCACGGCGAAAUAACAGACGAGAAGGUUUACCAACGAGCGCGAGUGGCGUUGCUGGAUGCGCUGGGCUGCAUCAUUGAAACGCUCCACCUCAGUCCGGACUGCAGAGACCUCGUCGGGCCCAUCGUUCCCGGAAUCAUUGUGCCCGGGGGAGUGCGCAUCCCCGGCACCGAACACACUGUCGAUCCGCUCAAGGGCGCAUUCGACCUCGGGGCUCUGAUCAGAUACCUCGAUCAUAAUGACGCCUACGCGGGGGCAGAAUGGGGACAUCCCUCUGAUAAUCUCGGUGCAAUUCUGAGUGUAGCCGACUGGCUGUCUCAGCAGCGUGAUAGGAAGAAGACUGGACCGUCGGUUCGCACUGUCCUUGAGGCGCAGAUCAAAGCGUAUGAGAUCCAGGGGACUCUGCAACAACGGAACGCUUUCAAUGAACAUGGUCUGGACCAUGUCAUCCUGGUCAAGGUGGCCUCGACAGCCGUGAUUGUGUGGUUGUUGGGUCUCCCCGAGUCGGCAGCCCUGGCCGCCGUGUCGCAUGCCUGGAUCGAUGGCCAUCCGCUCCGAACCUACCGUCAGGCACCCAAUGCGGGUCCCCGCAAGGGAUGGGCAGCGGGGGAUGCGUGCAUGCGCGCCAUACAUUUGGCAUUCCUCACGCAGCGAGGGGGACGGGCCGCGGUGGGGGUUCCGUCUGCUCUGACGGCUCCGAGAUGGGGAUUCAGCGACGCACUCUAUCAGGGGAAGGAGGUCACGCAGGCCUCCCCGUACGGCACUCGGGUGAUGGAGACGGUGCUAUUCAAGGUGAUCACGGCGGAAGGACACGGAAUCUCUGCAGUCGAAGCGGCUCUCAAAGUCGGCGCGAUGCUCGAAGCCCGCCAGUUGGUGGCCGAGCGGCACAUCCGCGCCAUCCGCAUCCGAACCCAGAAGCCCGCAGUGACCAUCAUCGACAAGACGGGUCCGUUGCGAAACAACGCCGAUCGCGACCACUGUCUGCAAUACAUGAUCGCGGUCACCUUGCUCAAGGGGUCCGUCGUCGAUACAGAAGACUACCUCGAUGAUUCGCCAUGGGCCGCGGAUCCGCGCGUCGAAACCCUCCGCGAGAAGAUGACUGUGAAUGAGGACGCGGGAUUCACAGCAGACUACUACAACCCCGCGUCCAGGAGUGUGGCGAAUGCCAUCACGGUGGAGCUGAACAGCGGAGAGAGUCUGAACGAGGUCGUGGUCGAAUUCCCCGUUGGUCACCACAAGCGAGACGAGACCUUGUCGCGAGUCAUGGAGAAGUUCCGACGGAACAUGGCCCUCAUGUUUACCCCCGACGAGGUGGAGCGGAUCGUCGCCGCUGCUGAGCAGGAUCAAAUGUCGGUGGAGGAGUUCAUGGGGCUGUUUGUGCGGUGGAAGGCGACUGCCUCGUUGUAGGCGG